GUCAAGAUUGCUCAACAGGACGUCAUAAGACCAUCAUAGAUUUUUAAUUUUGCCCAUCAACCACUCUAACUCUACCCAAAGGUGUAAAAAUUUUCUUUUCACAUGUGUGACUCUGACUGCACGUGUGGCUUUGAUCUACCUGUCACUAGCUAUCGAAUAAGGUUCUCAGAUCCAACUUAUCAACCAACCUCCUCCCUGGACUCUAAGAUGUCAACCUCGAAAUGCGUAAAACGAAGCUCAGAAACCAUAUACGACAUCGCCAAAGAUGUGAUACGACUGCUUAAAGAAGAGAAGGAAACCAUCGGCGCCGCCGAGUCCUUAACAGGCGGGAGUAUCAUGGCCGCCCUCACAGCAGUCGAAGGCGCAAGCUCCGUUUGUCGUGGAGGCAUUGUUUCCUACAGCACCGGUAUAAAGGUCAAUAUACUAGGCGUUAGUCAAUCUCUCAUCACGAAACACGGUGUUGUCAACGGGGAAGUCGCGGAGCAGAUGGCUGCUGGCGCUCGCAGCAUCACGACGCUCGAUACGCCGACGACAUGGGGACUUAGCACUACCGGUGUGGCUGGACCAGGAGCAGAAGAAGGAAAGGCUCCUGGGACGGUGCUUAUAGGGAUUUCGAGGGCCGGUCAAGACAAGUCGUUUGGGCCGUUUUACUUUCCUGGGGAUCGGGAUGCUGUUCGGAAAGCUACUGUUAAGGAGGCUCUGGAACAGUUGAGAGAACUCCUCCGUGAGCGAGAUAAUAUGGACGAACGACCAUGAACAACAAAAGGAAGUUUAUCGGCCAGGAAAGUGUACGACCCAGCCGGCUCAAGUACGACAGAGAGGCAUAGUUCAAAUCGUCGCUAGCCUCCAACGCAGUUCCGACCGGCCAAAACUACUGAGAACUCAAUAAAUUCCGAGAAAGUGAGAGCAUGGCCGAAUCUUUACUUUGACAGCCAGAUAUGUCGUUCUUGUCGUUUCGCCAGCUGUUCUCGAUGCAUUGGAAACACUGUUCAUUAACCGACUAGUCUCUGGAUGGAUAAUUAACGCUUCGAAAAUCCCUGGCUGUAGUUCCAAAAAAAAUUUCUAUUGGCUUUAACACUUUGAAACGCUGCAAUAACCUUUUGGGAGCUUGACUACUAGGAAGCUGACUGCCGGACUUUGGACAAAGCAGAUUGUCCGACGCUUACAAGAUGGACUUAGAAGGACUUAAUAG